AUGUCGACCUACAAGCGAGCAACGCUGGAUGACGAAGACCCCCUGGACUCCAUUGGUGAUGGUGAUGGGUACCCCAAUGGCUUCCAGGUGAACUUCCGCAGCUCAAGGAGCGCCCCGGGGUGCUGGGCUGAGCGGACACGCGCCGAGAAGCAGCUCGUGGUGCUGGGGGGGGCUGGGGGGCUGGGGGCCGUGCUGGUGGCGUGUCUGCUGGGUCUCAUCUUCCAGUACAGAGCCCGGGUGCCGGCUGUGUGCCUGUCGGAAGCCUGCAUCUCCGUCACCAGCUCCAUCCUCAGCUCGCUGGACCGGGCGGUGAAUCCCUGUGAGGACUUCUUCAGCUACGCCUGCGGGGGCUGGAUCAAGGCCAACCCCCUCCCUGAUGGCCACUCACGCUGGGGCACGUUCAACAACCUCUGGGAGCACAACCAGGCCAUCAUGAAGCAUCUGCUGGAAAACACCACGGCCAACGUGUCGAGCGAGGCAGAGCGCAAAGCGCAGCGUUACUACCAAGCUUGCAUGAAUGAGAGCAAGAUCGAGGAGCUGCGUGCCACCCCGCUUGUGGAGCUCAUCCAAAAGCUGGGUGGCUGGAACAUCACGGGUCCAUGGGCCGGUGACAACUUCAAUCGGGAGGUGACGGCGCAUUACCGCACCUCCCCCUUCUUCUCCGUCUACGUCAGUGCCGACUCCAAAAACUCCAACAGCAACGUGAUCCAGGUGGAUCAGUCGGGGUUGGGCCUGCCCUCACGGGAUUACUACCUCAACAAGACAGAGAAUGAGAAGGUGCUCGCCGGGUACCUGAACUACAUGGUGCAGUUGGGGAUGUUCUUGGGAGGCACUGAUGAGGAGUCGACUCGGCAGCAGAUGCAGCAGAUCUUGGACUUUGAGACGGCGUUGGCCAACAUCACCAUCCCACAGGAGAAGCACCGGGAUGAGGAGGUCAUCUACCAUAAAAUGACGGCUGGAGACCUAAAGGAGCUGGCACCAGCCGUGGACUGGAUGCCCUUCCUCAGCACGGUGUUCUACCCUGUGGAGCUCAAUGAAUCUGAGCCCGUCGUGGUCUAUGCCAAGGAGUACCUGGAGCAGGUCUCUGACCUCAUCCUGGCCACAGAUAAAUGUCUCCUCAACAACUACAUGAUCUGGAACCUGGUGCGGAAAACCAGCCCCUUCCUUGACCAGCGCUUCCAGGACGCUGAGGAAAAAUUCAUGGAAGUGAUGUAUGGGACGAAGAAGACCUGCCUCCCACGCUGGAAGUUCUGCAUCAGUGACACUGACAACAACCUGGGCUUCGCCCUGGGGGCCAUGUUUGUCAAGGCCACCUUCGCCGAGGACAGCAAGCAAGUGGCAGAGGAAAUGAUUGCAGAGAUUAAAACAGCCUUUGAGGAAAGCCUGGAGACCCUGCAGUGGAUGGAUGAAGAGACAAGGAAAUCAGCCAAAGAGAAGGCAGAUGCCAUCUACAACAUGAUUGGCUACCCCAAGUUCAUCAUGGACCCCAAGGAGCUGGAUAAAGUCUUUAAUGACUACGAGGCCGUGUCUGACCUCUACUUUGAGAACGUCAUGCAGUUUUACAACUUCUCGGCCAGAGUCACCGCUGACCAGCUCCGGAAACCACCAAACCGGGACCAGUGGAGCAUGACACCCCCGACGGUCAAUGCGUACUACUCUCCCACCAAGAAUGAGAUUGUCUUUCCUGCUGGCAUCCUCCAGGCCCCUUUUUACACACGUGCAUCUCCCAAGUCACUGAAUUUUGGUGGGAUCGGCGUGGUCGUGGGCCAUGAGUUGACACAUGCCUUUGAUGAUCAAGGCCGGGAAUAUGACAAGGAUGGCAACCUGCGUCCCUGGUGGAAGAAUUCCUCUGUGGAGGCCUUCAAGCGUCAGACAGCGUGUAUGGUGGAGCAGUAUGGCAACUACACCGUCAACGGAGAGGCUGUCAAUGGCAAGCACACCCUCGGGGAGAACAUCGCCGACAACGGGGGCCUCAAGGCGGCCUACCGGGCAUAUCAAAACUGGCUGAAAAAGAAUGGGGAUGAGGAAACCCUCCCAACUCUCGGCCUCACCAACCACCAGCUCUUCUUUGUUGGCUUCGCACAGGUGUGGUGCUCGGUUCGCACGCCGGAGAGCUCGCACGAGGGGCUCAUCACAGACCCCCACAGCCCCUCGCGAUUCCGGGUCAUCGGCACCGUCUCCAACUCCCAGGAAUUCGCGGAGCAUUUCGGCUGCCCCUCCCCCGUGACCCCCCCCAGGAAAUGUGAGGUCUGGUGA